AAAAUGUAACCAGACUUGAUAUUUUUUAAAGAGGGAGGGGCCACAUACACGAAUAAAAGUCAAGGCAGAAUUAGGACAGCGUAGACAGCAGAAAAACUUGACCCACAGAAGAGGAGACACACUUUAACAGCAAGAUGGUUCCAGUGUUGAUGUUCUUCAUAGCAGCGCUGGUAGCUGCAGAUGAGACAUUAACUGAGAUCUCAGCUCCAGCGGAGUCUGCCUCUCCCUCUGUGGUGCACUGUGACUCUUACACGGUGUGUCCCGAUGGCACAACAUGCUGUCGAAGUCCUUACGGCCGGUGGUUCUGCUGUCCAUUCUCUAUGGGUCAGUGCUGCAGAGAUGGAAUUCAUUGCUGUCAACAUGGCUAUCAUUGUGAUUCUACAUCAUCCCAUUGUUUGAGAGGGUGGAUGAAACUGCCAUCUUCUGUCCAUCCGGCUUCCAAAGCAAUCCAGAAAACUGAGUUUGUGCUCGUGGAUAACGCUCUUGAAAUGCAGAAUCAGGCUGAGAUUGUACAAUGUGAUGGAAAUGUCUACUGCUCAAAUGAGAAGUUCUGCUGCAAGACCGGAGAUGGCCAGUGGGGGUGCUGCAGAGGGCCAGUCCUGUAAGGACAGUAAACAACCCGUGUGACCAUAUUCACCUGUUACCAAAGAUUACCCCAAUAGACGUAGUAUAAUGUGACGAAUCCAAAAAUAAUAAGUCAAAUUGUCAAUUAAUAAAUAAAUUAAUUAACGGUUCGUUGCUUUUGUUGUGUGUAUUUACUAUUUUGACUAUCAUCUAUUCAUUUCUCAUCUGUGUAUCCUAUGUGCACUGUAAAUAGCAAUUCUGUGAUUUUAUGCAAACCAAUUAUUGAUUUAAUAGACGUAUGAAAUAUUUUUGUCAUUUAAUAAAAGGUUGUUUGCCUCCG